CCCCUUGCAACUGUCAUCUGUCACAUUUUUCAGAGAGGUUUGUUUUAAGUUGUAUUUUCCAUUUUCUACUAGAAAAACCAUUAAAAAAACUUAAAAAAUGUCGAUUGUUGCGAGCCCUUUGUCCGUAGCGGGCCAAAGAACGUCCGGCGCCCCGGUACGCACCCAAAACGUAAUGGCGGCAGCCUCAAUAGCCAACAUUGUAAAAAGUUCCCUGGGCCCAGUGGGCUUAGACAAAAUGUUGGUAGAUGAUAUCGGUGAUGUCACUGUUACCAAUGAUGGGGCCACCAUCUUAAAACUCCUAGAAGUAGAACAUCCUGCUGCUAGAGUGUUGGUUGAGCUGGCUCAACUGCAAGAUGAAGAGGUCGGAGAUGGUACCACUUCUGUAGUUAUUAUUGCUGCAGAGUUAUUGAAGAAUGCCGAUGAAUUGGUGAAACAAAAAAUCCAUCCGACAUCAAUUAUUAGUGGGUACAGGUUGGCCUGCAAGGAAGCUUGCAGAUACAUCCAAGAUCAUUUAACUAUUCCGGUGGAGGAGCUUGGCAAAGAAAGUAUUAUUAAUGUGGCCAAAACUUCUAUGAGUUCUAAAAUUAUCGGAGCUGAUGCCGACUUAUUCUCAGCAAUGACUGUUGAUGCUGCUUAUGCGGUGAAAAUUAAUGACCCUAAAGGAAAUCCUUUGUAUCCCAUUAAGGCAGUCAAUAUUUUGAAGGCGCAUGGAAAAAGUGCAAGGGAGAGUAUUCUGGUUCAAGGAUAUGCCCUGAAUUGCACAGUAGCAAGUCAAGCGAUGCCAAAGAAAAUUGUAAAUGCCAAAAUCGCUUGCUUGGACUUCUCAUUGCAAAAGGUAAAAAUGAAGAUGGGUGUCCAGGUACUUAUCAAUGAUCCAGAGAAACUGGAGGGUGUGAGGGCCCGAGAACUGGAUAUCACUAAGGAAAGAAUCCAGAAAAUAUUGGCUACUGGCGUAAAUGUUAUUUUAUGUUCAGGAGGUAUCGACGAUCUUUGCCUUAAAUACUUUGUUGAAGCAGGCGCCAUGGGAGUCAGGAGAGUUAAGAAAGUCGACUUAAAACGUAUCGCGAAAGCCACAGGGGCAACAUUCGUGACCUCUCUAUCAAAUAUGGAUGGUGAGGAAUCGUUUGAACCCAGCAUGGUAGGAGAAGCCGGCGAGGUCGUACAAGAAAGAAUCUCCGAUGACGAACUCAUCAUUAUUAAGAAUCCGAAACAGCGUACGGCAGCCUCAAUAAUCCUGCGUGGUCCUAACGACUUUUACUGCGACGAAAUGGAGAGAUCCGUCCACGACGCCUUGUGCGUAGUGAAAAGGGUGUUGGAAUCGAAAAGUGUGGUAGUAGGAGGGGGAGCGGUCGAGGCAGCGUUGUCCAUUUAUUUGGAAAACUUCGCGACAACUUUGAGCAGCAGGGAACAGUUGGCGAUCGCGGAAUUCGCCAGGAGUUUAUUGGUUAUCCCGAAAACUUUGGCCGUGAAUGCUGCCAAAGACGCGACCGAUUUAGUGGCUAAAUUACGGGCGUUCCAUAAUUCUAGUCAAACGAAGGUAGAACACGCCAACCUAAAAUACGUCGGUCUGGAUCUCCUGGAGGGCGUGGUAAAAGACAACAAAAAAGCCGGAGUAUUGGAACCGACAAUCUCGAAAAUAAAAUCGCUUAAAUUCGCCACGGAGGCGGCCAUCACAAUCCUGAGAAUAGACGACAUGAUCAAGCUGGACCCCGUUGAAAAAUCGGGCAAAAGUUACCAACAAGCGAUGCAGAGCGGAGAACUGUACGAUUAGACGUAAAUGAUUCAUCACUUUUGCUUAGUUUAAUUUUUUACUUAUUAUUCGCGUUAGUUAUCGGUCCAUUAAUCAUUUUGGCAUUUCAGCUUUUUUAACGGUAAUUAUAACGUUUCUUCUUCACAUUAUCUGAAAAAAAGGGAUACGAAUGAGCCAGAGUUUUUUCAUUAACAUUUAGUUUUAAAGCACACCGCUAGUAUUUUAUAAAUAAAUGAUGUUUUUCUUCA